GUGGCACGACGCGGGGCAGUGGGAGGUGGAAGCGGGCGGCCGGUCUUCGGGCAGGAGGCAAACCAAGAGGUGCGGGGGUCGGCCCGGCCCAGCCGGGGCUGGGGAGCUGCUGAGCGCCGACACGCCAGCGCGAAAAGGAGCAUUUUUCUGACCAAGUCCGCCCAGCUGCGCCAGCUGUCAGCCGGGGGGACAGCGGGGGAGCGGCCGAGCCGGCCCGGGGCGGGUGGUCCGCACGCACCCGCUCCAUCAGCAGCCCAGCUGGGAAGCGGGACAGCCGCCGCAGCGCCCCCGUCCCCGCCCCGUCCCGCCCAACCAGGGCGCGGGGGCCGCUCGGGCGCUCACUCAGGGAUCGCGGUGACGGGCCAUGUCCACAGCGGGCAGGGCAGCCUCAUCCAGCUCCGACCCGCCCGCUGAGGCGCCAAGCCCGGACACUGCGGCGGGCCUGCGGCUCCGCGUCCGCACUGCUCCAGGGUGGCCGGUGGGGCCGCGCCGAGCCCGGGGCCAGGCGGGUGUCGCUGCCGUGACAGGGUUAAUCGCGGCGGAGGCGCGGCGCGGGGCGGUCUCCCAGCCGCGCCUCCCUCCCGGCGGCCGCCCCCGCCCGCCCCUCGCUCCGCCGCCGCACCUGCCCGCGCCCGCGCCGACAACUUUCCCUGCCUGUUGCGCGCACCGAGCUCCGUGCCCGGCGGUCCCUGCCAUGGGCGCCGCGGAGCAGCGCCGCGGGUAGGCGGCCCGCGGGGGUCGGGCCGGGAGCGCUGCCAAGGCUCUCCGCCCUCGCCUCGCUUCGCCGCCGCCGCAGCGAUCGCUGCCCCGCGCUCGGCGAGCAUGGAGGUGCAGCUGGGGGUCGGUCGCGUCUACCCGCGACCGGCGGGCAGGACCUUCCGCGGGGCUUUUCAGAGCUUCUUCCAGAGCGUCUGCGACGCUUUCCAGCCGCCGCGGGAGGAGCCGGGCGCCGGGCAGCCGCCGCCAAGCGCGCCUUGCCCGCCGAGUCCCCGGCCGCCGCAGGACCCUCCCGCCUGCCUGCCGCCCCCGCCGGGCUGCCUGCCGCCCCCCGAGCCCCGCGCCGUCGGCAAGGCGCUGCCGGCCGCCGGCCCCGCCACGGGCUCGUCCUUCACCUGCACCGGAGAGCUGAGGGAGCUGCUGGGCGAGGCGGGUGCGAUGCCGCUGCUGCCGCCGCCCGAGACCGAGCCGGCGGACAAGGAAGACGCGCUGGGCGACAGUGCCCGGCAGCUGUGCCGCGCCGUGUCCGCCUCCAUGGGGCUGGCGCUGGAGGCACUGGAGACCCCGGCCGAGCCGCUGCCCCGCGAGGACUGCAUGUUCGCGGUGCCCGCCGGGCCAGCCCGCGCCCCGCGCCCGCCGGCCCGCGACCCCUCGCCCGCCUUCGAGGCCGCCCUGGCCGCCGAGCCGCCCGCCGGACCGGGGCUGCCCCGCGGCUUCGGCCGCGUCAAGCUGGAGAGCGCGGCGGGGCCGGCCACGGGCGGCGGCUGGGGCGGCCCGUGCCGCUUCGGGGCCGAGCUGGUCCCGCCGGGCCCCGCGCCCUCCUGGCCCACCUUCUUCGCCGAGGAGGGGCAGCUCUACGGGCCGUACCCAGAGCCGCCCGCCGGGCCCCCCGACUGCCCUGCCGAUGCCUGGUACCCACCGGGCCGGGCGCCUUUCGCCGCCCCCGCCCCCGGCAUCAAGAGCGAGCUGGAGCCCUGGGUCGAGGGCUACGCUGGCGCUUACGGCGACCUCCGGUUGGAGGGUGGCCGUGACCAUGUCCUGCCCAUUGACUAUUACUUCCCACCUCAGAAGACCUGUCUGAUCUGUGGAGACGAAGCGUCCGGGUGCCAUUACGGAGCCCUCACAUGUGGGAGCUGCAAAGUGUUCUUCAAACGGGCAGCUGAAGGUAAGCAGAAGUACCUCUGUGCCAGCCGGAAUGACUGCACCAUCGACAAGUUCCGAAGGAAAAACUGCCCCUCCUGCCGCCUGCGGAAGUGCUACGAGGCCGGGAUGACUCUCGGAGCCCGGAAGCUGAAGAAACUGGGUAACCUGAAGGCACAGGACGAUGUGGAGGGAACCAGCUCAUCCAGCCCCAUGGAGGAGCAAGCUCCCAAGCUGGUGAUGACACGCAUUGAUGGCUACGAGUGUCAGCCCAUCUUCCUCAACGUCCUGGAGGCCAUCGAGCCUGGUGUGGUGUGUGCUGGCCACGACAACAGCCAGCCUGACUCCUUCUCCAACCUGCUGACCAGCCUGAAUGAGCUUGGGGAGCGGCAGCUGGUCUACGUGGUCAAAUGGGCAAAGGCCCUGCCAGGAUUUCGCAACCUGCAUGUGGAUGACCAGAUGUCAAUAAUCCAGUACUCUUGGAUGGGCCUGAUGGUGUUUGCUAUGGGAUGGAGAUCCUUCACCAACGUCAAUUCCAGGAUGCUUUACUUUGCUCCAGACCUGGUCUUCAAUGAGUACCGCAUGCACAAAUCCAGGAUGUACAGCCAGUGCAUCAGGAUGCGGCACCUCUCCCAGGAAUUUGGGUGGCUUCAGAUCACACCCCAGGAGUUCCUCUGUAUGAAGGCUCUCCUCUUCUUCAGUAUUAUUCCAGUGGAUGGCCUGAAGAACCAGAAGCUCUUUGAUGAACUGCGCAUGAAUUACAUUAAGGAACUUGACCGUAUCAUUGCCUGCAAGAGGAAGAACCCCACCUCCUGCUCCCGGAGGUUUUACCAGCUCACCAAGGUCCUAGACUCUGUGCAUCCGAUUGCCAAGGAUCUGCAUCAGUUUACAUUUGAUCUCCUAAUCAAGGCACACAUGGUGAGUGUGGACUACCCGGAAAUGAUGGCCGAGAUCAUCUCUGUGCAGGUUCCCAAGAUCCUGUCGGGAAAAGUCAAGCCUAUCUACUUCCACGCACAGUGAUCUUUCAGAGGGACCCCUGUGCUGCCACCCCCAUUCCAGCCAUCUCCUGCCUGUUACUUCUGCACUACUGUCCUGCAGUGCCUUGGGGAAUCCCUCUGCGGUGGUGGCCAAGGGGACAGGCAGGGACAGACUUGCUGGGAUUCCUGAGAUUACUAUUUUCCUGAGGUACCUCUGAACUGAACCCCUGGCGCCGGCCUCUGCCUGGCUCCAGCUGCUCAUGGUGCUGGACAGGGACUGGCGGGGGCAGUGGCACCACGUCUGUGUUCUCCUCUGUUUGUCACUGUGACUCCAGCAGCCCAGGGCCACGGGACAACAGGAGGAGUGCCAGCGAUUGGUGGGUUUGGGGGGAUUUUUAUGAGAAGAACACAACACAAAGCAGGUUGCAGCUCCACAUUUGGGAGUGGGCUAUGUUGCCAGCCUCCUUCCAGACGUUUUGUUUGCAUUAUGGUACUGGGAAGCAGAUAAGUUCAAACAUUGCAGAAGCGAAGCAGAGUAGAGCUGGGGGACAAGGCAAAUUUGUGGCUGAGGAGUUCAUGGGCCCUGCAGCCACUGUGGGAUCUGCUCCGGUCAGCUCGGCCCUGGGACCUGCCUGUGCUGCCGAGACAGGAGCGCUGGAGCGGACAGGCUGCAGCCGAAGGCCUGCCAAGAGACAUCACCUUGGAAAUCCCCUAACGGUGGCUGGCUCUUGUUUUCCACCUGGGAUGUUUUUCCUCUGGCCUGUCCAGCUGGGUCUUGGUCUGCCCACAGACCCCCGGGUGCCCAGCAGUCACAUUCCUGUCCUCGCCAGCUGCUGCUCCCUGACAAAGCUGAACCCACCUUUGAAAGUGCCUGAUGCCCUUGGCCCUCACGCCUGCCUGGCUCCCCCGGGCACCUGCGGCCCCUGCCCUGCACCUGCAGCCCCUGCCCCCAUACCUGCUCUGCUCCUGUCAUGGCUCUGCAGAUCUGGGAUUCCAGCUAUGCUCUUUCCUUUCAUUUGUCCCAAAUGUUUUGUCUCCGCUAUUUUUUCCAAGGCCAGCAAAUGAGUGUCCUGGAGCCAAAACCAAGGCCAGGGUCUGUGGGACCUGUGGGACCAUGGGACUCCUCUCUGAAUCCUAUCCAUGAGGAGGUGGCAGUGGCAACUGGCUGGUGCCACCACGGCGCUUUGCAGGGCUGGAAGGGAAGCACCCGGAGACCCUCUGCUCUUGGAAGCAGCACACACAGCUCCUGCUGAUGGCAGUGGCUGAUUGCAGCCCAGGAGAACACCAUGGUGCACUCACUGUCCCAUGUACAUGGGACACCACACCACCCCACACACAGCACCCCACACACAGCACCCCACACACAGCACCCCCCCACACAAUCCCACACACACCACCCCACACACACCACCCCACACACACCACCCCACACACACCACCCCCCCACACAAUCCCACACACACCACCCCACACACACCACCCCACACACACCAUCCCAUACACACCAUCCUGCACACACCACCCCAUGUGCACCGCCCCACGCUCCCAGCCUGUCCCCAACACACACACAUCACCCAGGCCUACGUGCCCUGUGGGGUUUUAGUCCCUUCUUCCUGCACAUCCUGAAUCCAUCAAAACCAGCUGCUCAGACCCAGACAAGCUGUCAGUGACUGCACACGCACAGGCUGGUGCCAGGGUCACACAUGCCAUCAUGGGCUGUGACAUGGUCUGGCAUUAUCAAGCCAGAUAUCUACACAGGAUCCUUUUGCUGGCAACAGACGAACAGCAAACUCUGCACCCUCCCAGGGCAGUGCGCCCACCCAGAGCCCUGUGCCCACCUGGAGCCCUGAUCCCGCACAGAGCCCUGUGCCCACUCUGCGCUCAACUCUCCAGGAAAUGCUGUCAUGGUGCAGCUGCUCCUUUAUACACUUGGAGUAAAACAAUUUCCCUGAUACUUUCCAACCUUUUGAUGAGAUUUUCAUUAUAUGAAGGAGUGGGGGAAAAGCCCCUGUUGGAGGGGAGGAUCUUUCUUUGCAAUGAUUUUCGUUCCUCUGUUAGGUAUGGCUCUGAUCCUCCUGCUCCCUGAAAUCCUCUCAUGUAGGCAGCAACAGAAUCCAUGGGUGAACUUUCCAGCUGGUAGCCAGCAGGUUGCUGCUCUCAGAGGUUCCCUCAUGGCAGGGGACUGCUGGUAUUUUCAAUGCUGGUGUGAGCUACAGAUAUUUGCUAAUGAACCAGUAAAAAAUUCCAGCUAGUGCAUUCCUGUCUUCUGGAAGUUUCCCUGGUUCUUCACAGCAGAGCUCAGUGAGCAGAUGAAUGGUGAUUCCCAGUCCUUGUUACCAUCUCAGAGUGGCUCCAAGAAGUUUGAACAGCAAUUUGGGAGAGCUUUGUGCUUCACACAGACUCAUGUUAGUGAGGGUUUUGUUAGUUAGUGAGUGUGGCAGUGUCCUGCUGGGUGUUCCAUCUGCUGGGAGACUGGAAAGAGGCCAAACCUAGAAGGGAUUUGCCCAUCCUGUUUUGCUGGUGGGAGCACCGUGCUAAUGAGAAGUGGAGCAGGAGGGAAAGGAUACUGCCCAUGUAUCACCUACCCUGUCCGUGUCACCCAGUGUGAAGCUGCUCUGGGCAGCGAGUGCUGAGUGGGGCAGGAGCUCAUGGGGAGCACCCCCAGCCCAGGACAGAGGGGCAGUCAGGGGCAUUGAGGUCAUGUUCUCUGUCUCUUCAGUAUCACAGUAAACUUCUGCAACUUGUUCUUUCAAAAGUUGGGUGUCUACAAUAGAAUUACUAGGAAAUGUGGGAGCCAGGACUUGCAGAACCUGUGUGUGAAUUUGCUGGGGGAAUUUAUGCUGUUUCCAUGUGGAUUUUCAUGAACAGCUGCAGGAACUGGGGAAGAAGAGGCUUUAAGAAAUACCAAAGUCCAACUGCUGCCAUUUAUCUUUAUGCUUUUUGUUUUAUUCUGCGUUUUUUUGUCUACUUUUGCUUUAAUAAAGCAAGGAGAAUUUCACCGUG